AUGCCACUUACUGCUGCUUCUACUCUUGCACCAGUUCAUGUAUCAUCACCUGCUCCAACACCAAGAAAGAAGACAGCCGAUGAUGAGGACACCCUUCCUGUUUUGAUCGGUUAUCACAAGUGUUCAAUCUCACUGGACUCUCAGAACACUGAGGACAAGCUUGAAGAGCUUUGCAAGAAGUUUGUCGGUGAAAUUGACCUACCUGAAAAUAUGGUAAAUGUACUAUGGACAUUCUUGCAGGCAUCUCAUCCUGAAUGGCUAGUCUCUAAGCGGUCUCGAGAAGAUGGAAGGAUGGGUUCUAAGCUCAGGGGAAUCCUGAGGUAUCCUCCGAUGAGCUUGCGUCGGCUUGCCUUAGAAGUGCGCUCAAGACAGAGGGACUGGGAGUCACUCUGA